AGCACUAUUCUAGACUUGCAUUAAUACUUGGCGAUUUUGAAAAUGCUGUUAGUUGAUGCUCGGCUUCUGAUGGGUGCUUCUCAUUAAUAAAUGGCGGCAGCAAUAUCUAACUACGGAGCCACCCUGACUUUUCGUCGGAUAACAUAGCCGGCCAAUCAGUGUGAAGCCAAUUUUCAACCAAAACCGGAGUAAACUUUGGUAAGGGGGCCGAAGAAAUAGUCCUUUAUUUCAGCAAUAUGUUAUAAUCUGACUACACAACUUCCCAACUCAGAUUGCACGGUGUGGGCUCAGUAUCGGAGCAUACGAUGUUUGCCAAUAAUGAGAUUUAUGCUUGGUUGAAUAGCAUACCAUAUGAUCCAUCACCUGCUUUCCAGUUGCAGCGCGGCAUUCAGGAGUCAGAGGCAUCAAUAAUACCCCGUCAAGCAUCGCGACCAAAGGCCACACGAAGCGUCAACAUGAGAAUAUCUCGACACUGUCUAUAUAUCCGGGCGUUCAAAGAGUGUGGAUAUUCCUGCGACGACGAAAUAUACUACGCCGUGUACCUCCAACAGCUAUCAUUAAAGGAGCUGAUUGGUAGCGUCUCUCGCAAAUUUAUCUUUACUGAAGGGCAAGUAGUAUCCGCAACCAUAAUAGACUGCCAGGGAGCCGCGAUUCCUUUAGAUGAUGACGCGGUCCAAAAUAUACCGAGCGAGCAACCCAUGAGUUUCGAAUUCAAACCGCACACCGAAGCUGGCCUAAUUGUAAACGAUAGCCACUCGAUAUCUCUAAAAUAUCGGUUGCUUCUUCACUUUCAGCCGUCCUGAAUUUUAACCCGACAUACACCGCACCGGCGGAAAACCGAUUCCGGAAAUCAGUGAUAAUACGUUCGCGAAG